UAGAGGUGCAGUUAACAGGAGAGAUUAAGUGAGAUUGAUCGAUUGAAAGAGAAAGAACACUAUCUUUGUGAAGCUGUGGCAGUUGUGUGUGAGAGUGAUUGUCAGCAGCUUCAAUUCUUCGCCACGCCCACACCUACCAGAAAUCUGCCGCCGCGAUCGCCGUUUCAAAUUAACACAAGGUGGGGAGAAGAAUGGCUUGCUUUUAUGCCUCAUAAGAUUGAUGAACAGUAGAGAUGGGUGAUACGAAAGGUGUCCCACAGAUUCCACCUAAUGCAAAUGUUAAUGUAGAAAAUGGAAAUACAAAGGUGCUUGUAGGAGAAUUACAUUGGUGGACAAGAGAUUUGGAUAUUGAAAGUGUGGUGAUUCAGUAUGGGAGAGUGAAGGAGAUAAGGUUUUUUGGUGAAUGGGUGAAUGGUAAGUCGAAAGGUUAUUGCCAAGUUGAAUUUUAUGAUUCUGCUGCAGCCUCUGCUUGCAAGGAUGGUAUGAAUGGUCACAUUUUUUACGGGAGAGCUUGUGUGGUGGAGUUUGUCACCCCACAGACCAUAAGACAAAUGGAAGCUUCUUACAUGAACAGGACUUAUGGCCAGGCUCAGCUUCAACCUCAACCUCAACCUCAACCUCAACUGCAAGGAAGGAAUCUUGUUAUUGAGGCCAAUUAUUCAAGUGGAGGAGACACAGGGAGAAAUUUUGGAGGAUCACGAGCACCAUACAUGGGUCGAGGAGGGAUUACUGGCCCUCGUUUCGGUAUGAUGCCUCCUCAGGGCAUGAUGGGCCGUGGAACUGGUUACCGAGGCUUCUCAGGUCCUGGUGGUUUCCGAGGGAUGCUUCCUGGAGUGGUCAACCCAGCUUUUUUUGGUCAAGGAAUGAAUCCCAAUGGAAUGAACAUAAACAUGAACAUGAACAUGAACAUGAGAAUUGGUACUGGAGCUCGUUCAGGAAUGUGGAAUGAUAGAAACAUGGGUGGACAUGGCAGAGGGUCUAGUAAUGCCUCAGAAUAUGGGCCUCCUGGAGUGGCUCCUCUUGGAAUGCCUGGAACUCAUCCGGGGAUGUGGAAUGCAAUUACAAACAUGGGUGGUUGGGGAGGGGAAGAAGUUGGGAGAGAUCAGUCUAGUUAUGGUGGAGAGGCAAGUCAUGAGGAAGGUGUAAGGUCUAGUGCUCCGCAUAGGGAGGAGAGGGACUCCAGACGCAGAGAAGAAGAGAAGGAUGGUAAUCGAGAUAAAGGACAGUCUUCGAGAUCCCGUAGCAGGUCUCGAUCUAGGGAUGCUGAUCGUGGGAAACAGAGACACAUGCCAUCUGAAUGACAGCCCUUUCUUGUUUUAUGUUGGCCUCCUGCUUCAAAGAAGUUACUGGAAAGAACCGCAUUGGUUUUGUUUUAAGUCAGCUUAAUUCAACUCACUUUCAUGCUAUGGCUAUGGCUAUGGCUAUUACUUUGUGCUAUAAACUUCACUGCCUUAGUAUUCUUCUAUUGCAAAAGCAGU